AUGUUUUUUCUUGUGAUAUACCUAUCAUUAGGUGAGAGUCCUUCUGGCUCCCUGUCUGAUCACCAUGGCAACAAGGUCAGGAGUUCAGUGACGACCUCUGACCCCCCGGUUACACUCACCCUCCCUAAGGUGUGUGCUGAUGUUGUCAUCACAUGGGGACAGUAUUACUGGGAGGUGGACGUCUGCAACAGCUCCGUCUACUGGGUUGGUGUGACCUCACUGGACGGUUCUGUCGGCUGGUGGCUGCAGAGGCGUGGCUUGUCUUUCUGUGCAGUGUACGAUGGCAGCCAGGAGCCACUCUGCACCGUCCCACCCCAGAUCAAAACCAUUGGAGUGUUCCUCAACAUAGGAGGGGGGGCCCUGAGCUUCCACAACCCUGUGAACCAGGAGCACCUUGCCACGCUGCCCACCCACUUCAGCCCCAUCGGGGUGCUCCCAGCUCUGGGUCUGGGCCAAGGAAGGCUGAAGCUUCGCAGCGGCCUUCCUCCUCCUCCCCAUGUCUUCCUCAGCAGGAACUCAUCUUAUAGGGGGCCAAGCGAGGCCGGCCGGGGCCGGUGGCACAGGGACAUCCCCUUCCAGUCAGUGAGGACAGUCAUCCAGAAGUUCGAGGAGCUGUCUGUGUCGGAUUCAGACUCAGGACUGGUGUCCAGUUUUGGAUCGUCCUGCUCCACCCUGGCCUCCCUUCCAGACCCAGCUCCAGGACCAUUGUUUCAAUCUGGGCAAGCGGGCCAGGAAGCUGAGGUUGAAUGAAAAGCACCUCUUAAACUCAGGAUUCUUUCUCUGGAACAGGAGCAACCACGGACAAACACACCCGCAACUCCUCAGAGCAGUUUGGUUUUUGGAUGUGCAUUUGAAAGGCUAAUUUUUCAUCUUGAGGGACUUUUGGCUGCCUCUCCCCACUCUCUGCAUGACCCCUGGACCUGUAAUUGACUCUCUCCCCAGGACACAGAGCUUUCUCUCAGCCAAGCAACCCCCACAGGUUUGGGGCUGGGCCAGCCAGAGCACUCCGUAAUGUGAAGUGUGAGGAGGGGGUGUGCUUUUACCAGUGGGGCUCCUUGAUUUGCCUCUGGUGUGACGGUUGUCAGACAGUAGGGGUCCCACACUGGUGGUGUGCGCGUUUCUGUGUGUGUUUGUGUGUGUGUCUCUGUGUGUAUGCGUACUUUUGCUCGGUCACUCAUGCAUUUCAGUGCGUGUGACCAAGAGGGAACAGUGUAUAAGCGGCAGGGGGUGAGAUGACGAGGUGUGAUUACAGUGACACCAGUAGUGUUGACACAGAGCAGCGAGGACAGGUGGUAACAUACGUUUACCCCGCAGCCUGCCUUCGAUAGGACAGUAGGCUGCCCUUUUCUGACCCUUUGAAAACCACAGGACUCCAAAGACUUCAAAAGCGCCGACAGGGAGUGAGAGAACAGAGAGAGAGAAAGGGAAAACAGCAUGCAUGAAUUAAAGGCAGCAGGUGAUGAUCUGGUGAAAAAAAAUGAGCUGGGACAAGGAUUCUCCGCAGCUUCCUUGCCAAGAACCCCCAAAUAGAUACACAGGAUCUGAGAAUUUGUUUUAGGUAUUAUGUAGGACUCAGGAGUGACUCGUUCAACCCACUACAUCAAGAGACAGUCCUCUGACAAAUG